GAGGGCUCAGUUUAUUUUAGAGCUCAGAGGUGUGAGAAUCCACUCUGCUCUGUGGAAGGGUGCGUUUGUCUGCGCUGAAGAUGGAGAGAUGUCUGCUGUUCCUCUCUUUCUCCUCCCUCCUCCUGCUCUCCACAACCAGCAGGGAGGAUGUGAGGCUGGUGAAUGGUAGCAGCCCCUGUGCUGGGAGAGUGGAGGUUUACCAUCGGGGAGAGUGGGGGACAGUGUGUGAUGAUGGCUGGGACCUGAAGGAUGCUGGAGUGGUGUGCAGACAGCUGGGCUGUGGAGAUGCUGCAGAUGCACUAGGAGAGGCUCACUUUGGACCAGGGUCUGGGAGAAUAUGGAUGGCUUAUGUGUCCUGCAGUGGAUCAGAACCCUCACUGAAGCAGUGUGGGUCACUAGGAUGGGGUAAACAUCGCUGUAAUCAUGGAGAGGAUGCUGAAGUGAUCUGCUCAGAGGUCAGGCUGGUGGGUGGGACUGACCUGUGCUCUGGGAGAGUAGAGGUGCAUCAUGGGAGCUCCUGGGGCACGGUGUGUGAUGCUGACUUUGACCAGCGGGACGCAGAGGUUGUGUGCAGGGAGCUGGGCUGUGGGGCUCCUAAAGAGCUGCGCGGGGCAGCUGCAUUCGGCCAGGGCGAGGGCCAGGUGUGGGCAGACGAGAUUCAGUGUAGAGGCAACGAAUCUCAGAUUAACUUCUGCCCCACUGCACCCUCACAGAAUCAACCCUGCUCCCAUGGAAACGAUGUGGGCCUGGUGUGUUCUGAAAGUAUAAGGCUGGUGAAUGGUAGCAGCCCCUGUGCUGGGAGAGUGGAGGUUUACCAUCGGGGAGAGUGGGGGACAGUGUGUGAUGAUGGCUGGGACCUGAAGGAUGCUGUGGUGGUGUGCAGGCAGCUGGGCUGUGGAGAUGCUGUAGAUGCACUAGGAGACGCUCACUUUGGACCAGGGUCUGGGAGAAUAUGGAUGGCUUAUGUGUCCUGCAGUGGAUCAGAAUCCUCACUGAAGCAGUGUGAGUCACGAGGAUGGGGUAAACAUCACUGUAAUCAUGGAGAGGAUGCUGGAGUGAUCUGCUCAGAGGUCAGGCUGGUGGGCGGGACUGACCUGUGCUCUGGGAGAGUAGAGGUGCAUCAUGGGAGCUCCUGGGGCACGGUGUGUGAUGCUGACUUUGACCAGCAGGACGCAGAGGUUGUGUGCAGGGAGCUGGGCUGUCGGGCUCCUAAAGAGCUGCGCGGGGCAGCUGCAUUCGGCCAGGGCGAGGGCCAGGUGUGGGCAGAGGAGAUUCAGUGCAGAGGCAACGAAUCUCAGAUUAACUUCUGCCCCACUGCACCCUCACAGAAUCAACCCUGCUCCCAUGGAAACGAUGUGGGCCUGGUGUGUUCUGGCAGGGAGGAUGUGAGGCUGGUGAAUGGUAGCAGCCCCUGUGCUGGGAGAGUGGAGGUUUACCAUCGGGGAGAGUGGGGGACAGUGUGUGGUCGUCGCUGGGACAUGAGGGAUGCUGGGGUGGUGUGCAGACAGCUGGGCUGUGGAGAUGCUGUAGAUGCACUAAGAGCUGGUCACUUUGGAUCAGGGUCUGGGAGAAUAUGGAUGGCUUAUGUGGACUGCAGUGGAUCAGAAUCCUCACUGAAGCAGUGUGAGUCACGAGGAUGGGGUAAACAUCACUGUAAUCAUGGAGAGGAUGCUGGAGUGAUCUGCUCAGACAGUAUAAGGCUGGUGAAUGGUAGCAGCCCCUGUGCUGGGAGAGUGGAGGUUUACCAUCGGGGAGAGUGGGGGACAGUGUGUGGUCGUCGCUGGGACAUGAGGGAUGCUGGGGUGGUGUGCAGACAGCUGGGCUGUGGAGAUGCUGUAGAUGCACUAGGAGAGGCUCACUUUGGACCAGGAUCUGGGAGAAUAUGGAUGGCUUAUGUGGACUGCAGUGGAUCAGAAUCCUCACUGAAGCAGUGUGAGUCACCAGGAUGGGGCAAACAUUCCUGUAAUCAAUCAGAGGAUGCUGGAGUGAUCUGCUCAGAGACACCCCAGGCUGUCUUGACGGUCUCUCCACAUGGGCGGAUAUAUAGGGGACAAGCUGUCAGUCUCUCUUGUGAGGUCACAGUGCCCUCAGCUGGCUGGAAAUAUUACUGGUACAAAGGAAAUGGAUCAAGUGGCACUGCCCUCAUUGCCAGUACAGCUGAAGGCUCGUACACCCUCAGUGCUGCAGCUCUUGCACACACCGGGGAGUACAGCUGCAGAGCAGGGAGGAGCAACCCAGUCUGGUACACAGAGUACAGUCACCCUGUCGACAUACAGGUAACAGGCAGAGUGAUGUGUGGUCUGGGUGCUGCUCCUCUCCUGCUGGCCACCAUUGUACUGUGUGUGAAAUGGUACAGGAGACCAGGGCCGUCUAAUGAAACAGCUGUCCGCUACACUGGAGGGAAUGUGGAAAUUGCCAUAUAAAACACACAGAGGCUGGGUCCGUGUACUUAUGUGAAAUGAGAAUGAAGUCUGAGAGCUCAGGAUUCUUUUUUCAUCAUUGUGAUGUUUCUCAGCUUGCAGGAGGGGAAAUUGGGGGUGCAGUCAUGGGGGCAUUUUAGGGAAUGGGAACAGGAAGAUGUUGUGUCUUUAAAGCGCAGCAUCUGUACAAUAUGAGCAGAGUUUCUGAUUCACCUGGGCUGCACUUGUGAUCUUCCUGUAGUUAGUUUGCUUUGAUUGCUGUAUGUUUGUUCUAGGUUAGGUCACUGAACUUUAUGUUUGAUGCAGUAAAUUGACAUAAAUUGACUGAAAUUGAAUAUGUAUGUCACCAUGUGUCUGUAUGUAUUAAAUUGGAUAGAUGUUAAA